AUGUCUUCAACAUACACACAGCAAAUCUCACUGCAAUCCCUCUCCUUCUGCAUUGUCUUCAAUACCAUGAACUUCAAUAAUACUGGGCCUCUCACCUUGUAUUGUCUCAAGUCAGAGUUUAUGGAGCUCUGGUACACAUGUGAGCCACAGAGCAAGGUGGUUUGGAGCCAAAGGGAUUUGGAGGAGGUCAUACCUCUUUGGGGAAUUGUUGAACUGGUUCAGGAGGAUGAAUAUGAUACCUGGGCAGAAGACAUUGCUUCUGAGUAUGAGGCCUGGGUCAAGAUCAAAGUUACAUAUCCUGUUGUCAGAGAUCAGGAUCAGAAGUCCACCAAUGCAGACAUAUCAGUUGUGGUGGCAGAAUACCAUCAGGCAGUUCCAAGUAGCAUUUCCCCACCAAUUGUUCCUCUGGAAAGUCAAGUUUCCAGUGCUGGUACCCUGGGCACAGCAAGCAAUAUACAUGUCAAUGUUCAACCUGAUGUUGAGCACAUCACAGUUGAGCUGCAUGACGGGAUAGAUGAAGCCAACCCCCAGAACCAUUGCCCAUGUUCUCCUGCCACAUCUGCUAUUGUGGUCGCAGCUACUGAUGUCCCACUCACAAUCAAUUGGAUUUUGCCUCUUGCUGAAGAUACACUUGUUGCAACCUCAAACAUAGUGAACUGCACAGAAAGCCAUGCUGCUCUGCUUAUCAGGCAUACUGCUCAACUCGAAAGUGUCAAAGAUGUUCUUGAUGUUGACCUAAGUGACUCAGAUAACAAACUGUGCGAUACUGGGAUAGUGGAUGAUGUGCAAGAGACAUGUGAUGGCACGAGAUCAUUGCCUACCAAUGACAGCAAUGUGACUUUAGAUGCACCAGUGAUUCCUGCCAGUGGAGUUCACAAUUUGGAAGGAGAUGUUCAUAUGAUAUUUCUCAAUGCUGUCCCUGAUUCAGAGCAUGACACCUUGAAUUAUGUGAAUAGCCAGCUUAGAUUGAUGAGUGGAUGGCAAGAUCAUCCUGAUAAUGAUGCUUAUUGUUGGACAAGGCAAGAGAAGAUAUGGAACAUUAUCAGAUAUCCAGAUGUUCCAGGAAAUAUAGCUGGUUAG